UACGUCAAACAGUGCGACGGCCAUGACGUCAUUAACAGCGCGGCCGAGUGGAAGUGAAUGGCUUCCCUUAUUGACAUCCAAAAAAUCCCUUUGCGUGAAACUCAACUGGACUUUCCCGGCCAACCUUACUCAGUGUCGGUCCUGAAGGUGGGCUACUACCACCCACAGACCGACGGAACGUUUCGGGCCGACGGAACCGUUACGCUGGUCACAAGAGAUGGCAACAACAUCCUGGUGGACACCGGCGGGCCUUGGGACAGGGACUUUCUUGUGGAAAGCCUCCGAAAAAAGGGUCUGGAUCCCACGGACGUCCAGAUAGUCGUGGGGACUCAUGGUCAUUCUGACCACGUGGGGAAUCUCAAUCUUUUCCCGUCCGCCGUCGUCAUAGUAGGACAUGACUUCAGCCGAGGGGACGUGUAUUGGCCCAAUAAGAUGGCUCAAGGACACGCGCACGUCGUGGACGAGCACGUGUGUGUGGUUCCCAGUCCAGGCCACAGCGGACAAGACGUGAGCGUCCAAGUGAAGGGAACCUCGGUGGGUACGAUUCUCGUAGCGGGGGACCUCUUUGACUGCUGCGACGACGACGACUCAUGGAGGGACUUGAGUUUGAACCCCGCCGUGCAGGAGACCAGCCGCCAAAAGGCGCUCCGCACGGCUGACGUCAUCAUACCGGGUCACGGCCUACCCUUUCGGGUCCUUAGAAAUUCCUGAAACCAGGAGUCAGGUGCUUGACAAUAAAAUAUUAUAUGUAUUAAUCAAUAAUAGAAAACCUUUGUUUGUACUACUUACUUGUGUGUUUGUUCCGCAUGGAAUUAAUCCAAGUAUUCUCAUAAUUUGAGGUUCUCAUUACGAUGGUCUUGCAAAAUGAAGAAUUUAUAAAAAAGUGUAAAUGCAAACGAGUAUGAAGUUGUGAUUUGUACAAAUUAAAUGGAACUAUCACGAUAAUAA